GAGGGGGCGGGUGAUGGGGGCGCGAUGGGAGACCUGGCCGGCUGGCUGGGCGCGGGUCCUCCCGCACCUGGCCUGCGCCGCGCCUACGCACCUUCCCUUUGCGGAGCCCCUCUGCACCUCCAGCGGGCCACCCUGGCCUGGGUGCCCGGGUUCUCCAAGCCAAGCCCGCGCCUGUCAGGGGCUCUGCUGACUUCCCGGAGGCCUGCAAGAAGAGCGAGAGCGAGACCUCCAGGCACACUGAUGAGCUGCGGCCUAAGCAGGUCUGCCAGUAAAGCGCUGAGAGCGCAGGCAGGAAUGGGGACUUGCCAGCGUCCCGAUCCUGCCCCUGUCGGGCGCGGUGGAGACAUGCACAGGCCAGUGCGUUCAUCAGAAGGAACGAGUGGCUGCUGGAUGUGUGGACGCUGCAGACUCUGCUCUCUCCGUCCUGAAAUUAGCGACCUGCUUCGAGAUUCAAAGGCGUUCAUGGAACACAGGUGCAGGGGAGAUUCUAGAAGUGAUCCACAACCUUCUAGAAACAAAAGAAACAUCUCUGCUUACUGCUGGACGCCUGGCAGAGAGAGUCUGGAUGGCGCCCAGUGACCCCAGAAGGUGCCCUGUGGGCCCCCCAGCCAGCUCAGCUGCAGCCCUGACUUCCAUCAGCUCAGCCUGGACGAGAAAGGGCAUGGCGUUCUGGAAGCUUCCAAGGUUCUGUGCUACAACUUCAGAGAAAGUGAAAGGGCUUAAGGACUCUGAACUAAAGCACACAGCUGUUUGACAAUUUAAAAAUGGUCUGUGACAUUUCUCUGAUAGGUUUGAACCAAGGGAAGCUGCUUAUGCUUCGGGGAGGUGAGGCAGAAGGAGGAGAGAGGAGCGGGGGGCUGAGAGUGUCAGCGGCUCACCUGACACUCAGAAACAGCCUUUGUGUUCAUCACUAAGGCGCUUGACGUUUUCAGGAUGCGCUUGCUUACUUCACGAGAGAGAACUCUGCACGAGACCUGGCUGCACAAUUAUUUGAAAAUCAUUUACAGAUCUGACGAGAGGAACAGAAGCAGAGCGGCGCUCUGGCACAUCUGGCGCCAGGGACUGAACUCGGAACUUCCUGUUUGCAAGUCCUGCACUCUGCACUUGAGAACUGUGUCCCCCCACCUCAGAGAACCACCACAACUCUCACAAGUCUUACAAACACUUUACUGGCUUCUGUUUUGUCUGAUUUUUUUUUUUUUUGGCAAGUUCAUGUACAUCAGAUCUGGAUUCCACAUCUGAGUGAGACCAUCUGGUAGUUAGUUACCGUUCAUCUCUAUUUUGCUAAGCAUCAUCACCUCCAGUUCCGUCCAUUUUGUCCCAAAGGACAUAAAAUCACCUUUUUGAUUGCAGAGUAGUAUUCCAUGGAAUAUAGAUACCCCAUAGCUUCUUUAGCUAGUCAUCUGUUGGUGGUCAUUGUGGGGUUGGAGGGGCCCCAAAUAUUGAGAGCAGCUGUUGGCCCAAGGCCAAUUGUUCUUGUUUCAUACGGAUGUUUCCACCUGUGCCCCCCCUGUGAUAACCAUAUAAAGGUGGGACGAGACGUGAUCGAGGUCGCAGACUCCCUUUGCUUGGAAGGGUGUCGGCGGCCCAAGCUUAAGCUUGAUAGUAAAGGCCCUUGCUAUUGUAUGUGA